AUGAGAAAAAAAAUCUUAUUCCAAUCCCUCCUUAAGACUCAUCUUACGAAAAUUAUUAAAUAAGAAUAUGAAAAAUUCAAAUUAGAUCCUCAAUAAAGAUAAAAGCAUAUAAAUUUAACAUAAUUGCUGAAUUACAAUUAUAAGUAAAUUUCUCAAAAAGAAAAAUAAAAAUAUAUUGUAAUAAUUUAAUGAUAAAAGAAAAAAGAAUAUCAACUAAAUUUCAAAUACAGAUUAAAUAAUGGAAUUAAGAAUGUACUCAGUUUAUGAGAUGGUAAAAGUAAUGGGACUCAAUCUAUAAAAAUAAAUGUUUUUAUAUUAAAAUAAUUAGAUGGAAGUGA